UUCGCCGAGUUCGCGGCCGCUCGCCGUCCGUGCCGCGCUUUACGUCAUCAAAAUAAACUCGGGCAAAUGUAUUUACAAUGAAAAUACGGUGAAAAUAAACGAGUCAGCGACGUUAAUUAUCGAUAUAAAGCACUGUGAUUGUUUGUUGUAAAUGGUGGAGUGAUGAAACCGGUUGUAGUGUGUUUCGAAAUUGAGAAAAGUGUUUGAUCACGGUUUUACGACGUAUUAUUGUGAAGUUGCGAGUGUAAUUGUGUGCUGUGUUGGGUGCUGGGUGCCCUGUGGUGUCCGCGUUGCCCACGCAGCCAGCUGUGGUCCGUGCGACAAGUAAAUAAAUAGUGUUUAGUGUUAGAGUGUGCAUCGGAGAUGACCUACAUACAAUAGACACGACACAAGAUGUAAGCUGUAACCAUCGCCAUCUAGUGACAUGAAGAUACAAACAGUGGCGGGGAGGGCGGUAGUGUGCGAGGAGCCGCCGCGGUCCACGGCGUAUUACUACGCGGACCUCGAGCGGCUGAAACGUAGCGAGCCUGCGCCCGCUCAGUCCCCGCCGACAGCGCUCAGCGAGUAUGUCGCAGCGUGUGACGUAGCUGACGAUGGUGCCGUACGAGAAGUACCACCACUUCGCGAUAGAGGGCGCCAGCGAAGUCUGCCUGAAUACUCCCGCAAAGAGGACACGUAUUCCACAGCGGGCACGUUUCCUAUGCCCGAGCCGAAGGAGAAAGAACCAUUACUAGCGGAGCUGGAAGUUGUGGGGAGGUUGCCGCUGUCGCAACUAGAUGGCGCUAGUGGCGUGCGUCGCAGUCGCAGUUGGUACCUGUGCUGCCCCAACGUGCCGGACGAGGAGAUCUCUCGUGAGUCCUCAUGGCGGUACUCCAGUCUGCGACCUGUGACAGCGCCCCCUGUGCCCAACAACUCUGCGCCGCACACGCUUACUAUGACGGUGGCGGGUCAGAGUUCAGGGCGCGAAGACGUGGCAUCACUGCGCGCGGAGCGGGACGCGUUAGCUCGAGCGCUAGCAGCCGAGCGACAACGCGCGGCGACAGCGGCGCGGGCACACGACGCGCGCCUCGCGGAGUUACACGGCGUCAUUGCAGAGCUCGUGCGACGCCGCGCGCACGACAAACAUGCGCGGGCGAUACCGGAGGAGGAUGUGUCAGACGAGUGCGAGUCGACGACGCAGCCAGCCGGCGAGCUGGACAACGACGCUGACCACUCGCGCACCGACCAGAACGACACAUCAUCAGCUCUAAGUCCUGAACUACCAACCCCUCAAGAAUCGAAAGUAGAAAACACAAUACCAGCCACCUUUGAAGACCUCCCGACCGAUACAGAGACCAGCGGGCACGAUAUCAAGGCGGAGUGUCCACGCGUGGAGGUGACGACCCCCUCUCUGGCGGAACAGUGCGACACUAGCCUCAACCUCUCCGAGAGGGACUCCGACCUCUGUCUCAGCACUGCACGUUGUUGCGACAACGUGGUUGGUUCGGACACGUUAGGGGGCGGGGCUAGCGGAGCGGGGGGCGGGGCCAGCGAGGAGGCAGGGGGCAGCUGUGAGAGGGAGAGGGGAUCACCUGACUCGCCUACACUCUAUACUCCUUGUACUGGUCGGUGCGAGUCCCGGCAGGCCAAGAUGGCGUCCCGCGUGAAGCUCCGUAAGACGGAGGAGUCGGACUCCAGCAGUCCGCAACAUGACGAUUGGUGGAGUGCAGACAAACUGUCAGUCGAUGUAUGCGCGCACGCAGAGCUCAGGGAAGCAUUGCUCGCUGCGCAGGACCAGGAGGGCGGGUGCGUGUGGGCGGCGCGAUGCGCGCGGCUGCGGGCCGAGCGGCGCGUACUGCACUGCGCACUGGCGCGCGCCGCCGACACCGCGCACAGACUAUACUGCGCGUGCGCAGUGUCGGAGUCGACGUCAGUGUCGCUGUGUUGCGCGCUGCGUGCCGCCGACCGAGCGCUCGAGACAUACGACGUGUUACUGGCACUGGCAGAGACCGCGCCAGACACUCACUCGCACCAGCGCGCAGCCACAGAACAAGUAGCGCUCCAACUCUUGGCUCGCCUGGAGUCUGAUGGAGGCACCCUGGGCCAGCCCCUCCUGUCGCCGGGCCCCUGGCUGCAGGCGCUGCAGGGCCCCGCCCCCGCGGCCCGCUGGGGGCCCCAGCUGGAGACCAAACUCAGGGCACAUGCUGCCAGGCUCAAGGCGGACACGGUGUCACUCCGCGACACGGCGCCGGCGCCCAAGCUGUUCUCGUACCACGACGUGGACGAGGCCGAGCUGGUGGCGGCCGGGCGCGGCUGCAGCGCCGCCGAGAUGGAGGACGCCGUCGCGCUGCACGACGCGCUCCACCGCACCGACACUAGCGGCCGCAAGAGUACUUCCUCCCGCCGCAGUCGGAGGCCUCGUCCCCGACACUGGCUAGACACGCAGGCCUCCGAGACCGACCUCUGAGAACAUAUCUACACACACCGGUAGGCGGCGCCGCUACACUCUAGACAUAGGCUAUCAUUAUCAGCCACUACAACAUCAUUAGAGGCAUUUUCGUUAAUCCCCACGCUUGGUGAUUUGUUUGGGGAUUCGUGUAGAGAAGCUAUCAUUGUAAACACGAACAUUCUUGGUCUUGUAAUAGCGUCUUAUCAUAAUCCCCACAAUUGGGGAUUGCAUUUAUAUCAUCGACGAUUCCUCGGUGGCUUUGAACGGCGGCAGGACAUACCCGGGUCCAGUAAUGUAAGACAUUAACGCUGUGACUGUGUAGCACUGUGACUCUCAUUCUUAUUGCUAUACUACUAAAGACCAUUUUUCUUCAUCCCUACUAGAAUACUAGUUUGAACAAUUUUCAUCUCUAUGUCUUCAGUAAUAAUGUUCAAAAUCCAUUGAAAUGUAACAUUUAGUGCUCCAUUAUCAACAUAGAUGGCAGCAUUUGACAAUCAUGUUUUUAUGUCAAACGUCAAGUCGUUAGAUUACAAAAUAGAAACACAGAAUUGUUUGCCAAACAAAGACAAAUGAAACGAAAUCACUUUGUAAUUACAAAGACAGCAUUGCACUUAGGAAGGUGCCUAAUGUCCAGAAUCCAGAUACUGGAACGUCACUCAGUUUUAGGUCGCGCUUAACUGUAGUUCUGUCUCUACACAUUCUUUGAAAAAUGACAGAGAUAGCGCGAUAUUUAAGUAGAACUUCAAAUUAGAGUAGUCUUUCAGUAUUAGGACGUAAAUUAAGUGAACCGUUCAUCAGGAUAUGUUAGCCAAGAAAUGUCCUGUAUUAAUGACGUUGGCAUAAUCUCAAUUGUUUUAAAAAACUACGCAAGUGUCGUUCGUAAAGUUAACGGUUAGAAAACCAUGAAAAUACUUCCACAUAGAACGAACACACAAAUUAAUAUUCUGAACAAAUUGACGUCACUCCAUAUUAUUAUAAUUUAUAGUUAAUGUGUUCAUUGGAUCUCUCACAUAGACCCUGACUGUAUCUCGAAUAUUACAAAACUAAUGUAUCGGAUUUUCGAUACCGAUAGUCAAAAAGACCGAAUGUGUAAUUUGUAUUCAAUUUUUUAUAAUUAUUACUACCUGUAUUUACCAUACUUCGUGCAAAUAACCGUUCUUAUUCUUAUUCUUAUUCAAUGUAAAUUGGGUGAAGGUAUCGAAAAUCCGAUACCAAAUACAUUAAAAUUAAGUUUACAAUAAUUAUGACGCGUCACGUCCAAAUUUUAAAAUUAAUUAUUUUCGAGUGCCA